AUGGCCCAGGUGAAGACAAGAGGGGCCCCCGUGAGGAGCGACUGUGCAGAGAUGUUCUCCGACGUGGCCGCUGUCAGCUCCAGUGCAGCUGAUAUCAGUGAGCUGGGCAGGAGAGGUUCAUUGUGUGAGACCUCCGGGGCCGCUGGCCUGGGCCGGCGCAGCAGGGCGUACCCCUCCCCGGCCCGCAGACGGCACCGCACCACCUUCAGCCACAAGCAGCUGGAGCAGCUGGAGAUGGCCUUCGGACAAAACCACUAUCCCGACAUCUACUACCGCGAGGAGCUGGCCCGCAUCACCAAGCUCAACGAGGCUCGCAUCCAGGUCUGGUUUCAGAACAGGAGGGCCAAGCAGCGGAAGCAGGAGCGGGCAUCCCACAAGGUGCUCCCGGUGGGCGUGGUGCCGAGCCACGGCCCGCUGCUGGGUGGCAUGUGCGUCCAGCCCGGCGUGGCUCGGCAGUUCUACCAACCGCCUCUGGCGCACAUCCCCCGCCUCUCUGCUGUGCUGCCCCCUGGUGGCUACUCUCACCACUCGGGCCCGGUCAGCCAGUGCCCCUGCCCCAGCGUCCCGCCACAGCCGGUGUCCCAGCGGCAGCAUGACGACUGGUACAGCCCGCUGAGGAGCAUGGGGGCGCCGCCCGCCAACCUGGGCUCACCCAUGUUCUCCUUGGCCUCGGUGCCGACUCUGGAUGCUGCCGCUCACUGGAGCUAG